CUCUCCAGCGCCUUUGCCCCAAGUCCUCUGCAAUUCGCCUUUCCCGAAGGCAGGGAGCGCAGGGAGGGAUCAUGAUCCUCGCGUAGCACUAGCUAGCGCUCCUCCUCAUCGUCUCUAGUGUAAUCUAGACAUUUGUUUGAAAUAUUGAGUCAUGCGUUUCUGCUUUGAUACUCCUCCCUUGCGCUCCAUCCGGUUUGACUAUUUACGGGGUUUUUAAAUGCACAGGCCGCUUCCAUUCAGUUUAGGAGAAGUCCCUUCCUUCGCACAGUUCCCAUAGAGUGGCAGACAUGAACCUGGUUGUAGGUUUAGAGCAGCUCCAAGACUGUGCUAGAGCUUGUUUUGGGAGCUGAGAGGUAAGGAUUGAAUUUUCUCAUCUUUUCUGCUGUUACGUUGUGGCUGUCUCGCGUCUGUCCUGGAACCAAUCUCAACCGGGUGCAAAACGGGUCCUCUGGGAGUUCCAAGGUACAUGCACAGGAAGACAAGGUGGUUCUUGACAAAUCGUUGAUUCCUCCGAACCAAAACAAAAAGCGUUGAUAUUGUCUGACUUGAAAAUGAUUCAGAAGACAUUCAUGUUAAGGUAGUUGAUAAAAAUUUCUUUCUAGUUCCACCGGUUUGUAUCGGACUGAAUAACAAGAAUGAUAGCUUUCACGAGCACUGGCAACAAGUAGCGCUGGGGAGCUUCAGUUAAGCCAAACGUAUCCACAGCCUCACACCUUGUUCUGUUGACUAAGUCCGCCGGGGUAGGUUUCUCAGGGGAUUUUCUUCCAUGCGAGCUGCUCAGAGGAAGUAGCGGUCGUUGAUAUAGCACAAAGUGCUCAUUCAGGAGGAGAAACUGGAUCUAGUGCCAGACUGAAGGAAAAUGAAUAUUUCUGGAAGUAAGAACAGGCUACGAACCUGAGUAUGAUAGUGGUGUCAAGGCUGUGAAAUUGCUAUUGAUCACUCACAGUGGAUCGUUGACCAAAGCAACCAAAGGAGGAGUUGGUAGUGAAAAUGUCUGCUCAGAGAUGCUGUACAAAACCCUGACAAAUGAGGGAUUACGGGGAUUGCUCUAGGAUAGUGCUUGUAACUAUCGGUGUUGCAACCAAUUAAUAUCCUUUAAGCUGAUGCGAUGGUUAGAAGAGGCUGGUGGGGACAUUUCUAGAUAACUCGAGGAUUACUCUGCAGCAAUCGCUCUAUUACCACUUCAAGGAAGCUAUGUAGAACUCACAAGAUAGCUCAAGUUGGGAUAUCAGAUGUUUCUUAAGGCGACCCCAUUUGACCUUGAGUGUUCAUUGUCUUCGUGGUAAGCAGGUCCAACGUCUGACCGGUGUCUGGAGGGAGUUCCUAGACAAAAACCUGCGUCACUUCCACCAAGUAUCAGAUUCCGGAGCCCUCGUGCACCCAGACUCAGGCGUAACAGCUUAGGUUGUGUGGCAGCAGUUUCAGUGGGUGACCAUCUAGGACCUUCAGCAAAGGACAUCGAUAUGGAAGCGGGAUGCUGAAGCGCAGUAAUACUUGGCGAUCCACGAAUCUAGACAAUGAGAUAAUUGAAGGAAUGCAGGACAUCUUGCAAUCGACGAAGCAUGGCGGUGAACACGUUGACCACAUUGUAUUGCAGAGUGAGGCCGUACUAAAGGACGCCAACAGAGAAGGUCAAGACAAUCGCAACCAGAACAGGAGAUCAUGUCUCAAAAUAAAUUAGGUUUGUAGAUCCGCGCAAACUACCAAAGGAGAACAGACAGCAUUGCUACCCGAAUGUUACGCGCAAGUCAGAAAGUUAAUGACAUGUUACAGCUUAUCGAUUGGGGGAAAGGGACUGGAAAUGAGGAGGAAUGCUGUUAAAUUGAGAAUUGGUUUCCCUAUAUCGCAGACAGAAUUUCUGUCACUUCAUCGAGCAACGAGCUCCAGAUGAGACGACAUGCAUUGGUAUAACAGUCUUCAACUCUCGCUUGAGGAUGCAGUAAUAAGUUGAUUGAUCAAUCAACGAGGAUCACUAUGACGCAGACUUUCGCCUUCCAGGAACCCGUCUGCGAGCUUGGUCAGGGGGUGUUUCCUGGUCCCAACAUGAUGCCAUCUUGGAAGCAUCCGAACGCAACCUUCAACCUCUUGCCUAAUGAUCAUGCGGGCCACAAACGUAGACGUAGCUUCAGUGCUAUGCCCCCCGUUGCUCAGGAUCUUCACAUGUAUGACGCUGACGACUUGCAAGAGCCCAACAGAAGACUCUCCAACGAUUCGUUGGAGCAGUGUCCCCCGGUUCCCAAUUUUUGCGUUGGCCUCGACGCAGCAGCGUCUCAAUUAGGCUUCCAAAACGUCGACCAUCGAGGGGAUAUCAGUUUCUACUCAAGAGCACUAGACAAUAGUUGCAAUUCUUUGCGAAGACCACCACGGAUAGAAUCAACCCAUUGCAAUGGAGCUGGGACGUAUUUUAUGAACAGAAUCAGCUCAACCACGUCGUCAUGCAUGAAUGACUUCCAAGCCUUUGACCAUGCUAAUAGGCAAUCUGGCCAGACAUUUAACCAUUGUCCCAGACCCAUGGAUGUUAAAUCUGCCGCCGCAGUCGCGGCACAGGCGUUGGCUAAUUUCCAAGCUGGAAUCUCCACCCCGGAUAGAGGAUUUUUGAACCAACGCAAUGGGCUCAAGGUUGCCAAUGGGUACACGCCAGGGGGGAACCUCAGCUCCUCCGGCUCUUUUUUUGCCUAUCCAAGUACAGGGGCUCCCAUUACUAAAUCAACUGGAAAUGUGGUUCACAACCUCGCCGGAGUGUGCAACCAGAAUGUGAUCCAUGAUUCAACUUUUGGCUUAGAAAAUGCUCACCUCAACGGCAACAUUCAUUUGAGAGCGGGGGAUAGUGGUCACUUCAAUUGGCAGAAUUUCAAUUCCCACACCGCAUUUCUAAGCAACGGAAUCAACGGUGCGACAAACGUACUUAAUUCAACACUGGAAGUGGCUGAUCAUAGGUUGGUGAGGCCACAGAGUCCUAGCACUCCGCGAGUUGAUGUUGGAUUGACAGAAUCGCAGCAGGGUUAUUUGCAGGAAAUGCACAGACUCAAAGAAAUAGCAGAUGAACCAGAUUCACCUCGCCAGAACUCUCGUGGACGCAGGUUGCAGUACUCUGCGCCAUUGGAGCAACCUUCAAGAAAUCCUUUUCAAGAUUUUGAGGCUCUAUACAUGUAUCACAAAAGUGAUCAUCCUGUUGAAAUGACAACGACAAAUGCUGCAACUGCAUGUGUUACUGCGUCUGAAACCACCGGGCGUACUCAGCAAGGGGAAACGUUUUGUCAACCUUCUGGGCCUCCUCCUACAGUGGCCCCUGGGGACGACACUGGAGACAAAGAGUCAAGCAACCAUAGAUUUGACUUGAACGUGGUUCCGGGGUACAUCGACGCCACACCGAAGCCCCGGAAAAAAUUCCAUCCUCGCGUUGCCAAGGACAAACGGACCUACAAACGCCGUAUGGAUGCGAAGAAAAACUCUGGAGCACCAGUUGUCGAUGGAAUCAACGUGGAUUUACCAGCCAAAAAUUCUGCGAGGAGAGCAAAUCAGACGUCGCAACAUGAUUCCAACCAUGGGGACGGCAGGGAGUCAAGCUUCGCAGAGGUCAUGGAUAUUGAGGUUGAAGACAUUGGCGUUGUGCCCAAAAGCAAGCCCGUCAGUGUGCAGCACGACACCGCCGUGUGCGAUUGUGAGGCGUUUAUCAAAUUGAGGCUAGAACGGAGAGCUGUGGGUCAGAACACAAGACUUAAUGAUAUCGAAGACUGUGCAAUGGGUCGGAGAUAUUCGGAGAAUGUUUUCAAUAAUGCGCAAAGUCCAAUUUCGCCACCGGAGCGCCAGGGUCGAGGCUCAUGGGAAUCACGCGAAAAGCGUAUUGACACACCAGAUGGACACGAUGUAGGAGGAUCUCAUGAGUCCCCAGAUUCUGACCCCAGAUCAUCGCCAUCAGUACGCCGAAACUUGUUUGCCGCCUCGCAAGCUCAAGCACCAGCUUCUGGAGCCGAAGGAACGUGGCCGGAUCAAAGAAUUGGGAGUAGCACUCGAGAUUUGAAGGGAUGUUUUGAUGCCAAUCAGUCCUCCGCGUUGGCAAGUUCUCCUGAAGAAGCUGUAAGAGCUGUAAUUCACCACCCGGCAGGAACAAGAACGCCGCUAAGCUCAUCUCUAAAGCAGUUUAAUCAGUCCGGAACACACUUGGAUAUAUACGACUAUGGCCAAACAAAUCCAUAUCACUUGCAGGACAUGGUGGCACAGCAUCGAGACUCCGUGUUGGCCAUGGACCAACGCAAUUUGAUCUACCAGGAGCUGCAUUCGAACAUGGCCCUGCGUAACCACGCCAGAGAGUCUGGUACCAUUGUUCCGGCAUAUAAUUCUGGACGCGUCGAGUGGAACCCUUGGUUUGGUUCAUUCAACUCGAUCCGUCCAGCCGUGCCAAACACGACUAGCAGUUCCUUCAUGAGCCGGCUGUGUCCUCGCGGGAUUUUGUCCCCGCGAAAUGUCACCUUUCGAACGAUGAACCAGAUUCAGCGAGUGGUAUACUUAAAAUUCAUCCUUAGGUCAAACAACCAGCUGGAGAUGUCGCCGAAGAUGUUGCUGCAUCAUGUACUUGAGCAUCUGCCCGAGAGUGAGAAGGAAGAGUUUAAAUCUCUCUGGGACGUCAUCUUGACGCCGGUGGCGGACGAGCAAAUGCGACAACUGGCAGAGCACGCGAAAAUGGAAAUCGCGAUGCCAACGAGCGGGCAAAACCAUGCAUCGGAGAAGCAUCACCGCAAGCCAGAGAAGGCGAAAAAACCUUCAAAACGUCAGCUCCAAAUGCAGCAAUCGAAAGCCAUGACACUGUGGCCGGACUUGAUGCACGAUCAGACAUUGAGCAAUUCUAAAGCCCUGAAGGAGAAAACGAGAUCAAAAGCCACAAGUUCUGAUAGCCAGGAGCAGCAGAAUAGCAGUGAAAACGAAGAGCUCGAGAUGGUUCCAUAUGAAAACAAAUCCGUGGUGCCAUACGAAGGCCCCUUCCAGCCGCUUCGGAAAAGAAAACCGAGGCCUAAGGUUGUGUUGGACAACGACACUGUGCGCGAGUGGAAGCUCUUGAUGGGGAAGCCUAAUGGCACCGCAGAGUCCGUUGAUAAAGACUCCGAGAAAGAUCUCAAGUGGGAAGAAGAACGCCGCAAAAUGAAAGCGCAAGCGCAAGUUUUUAUCGAACGCAUGCAUGUCGUGCAAGGGGACCGCAGCUUCUCGUGCUGGAAGGGCUCGGUGGUGGACUCCGUUGUCGGCGCUUUUCUCACACAAAAUGUAAACGACGUGCUAUCAAGCUCGGCGUUCAUCUCCAUGAGAUCACGCUUCCCUGGUCGCGGUUUCCGGAGAAAUGAUCAUUCGCAAACGUCAACAACAGCUGCUGCUGCUCCAGAGGAUACUGUUGCUCAAUCCUUUGACAGUGAGCUUGCGAAAAAUUUACCACUAGAACCAUCAGCAUCGGCAACGUCGAUUACAAUGACUCACCAAGAUCCUCAAAUUAUUGAACCUCAGAGCAGCGCAAGCCUUCAAGAUGGGUCCUUCUCAAUCACGCCAUCGUCACCCACAAGAGAUGUAGGCCAUUCCUAUGAAUGCCCACCGAAUCUACUUGAAUCGCAGGAGAGCCACAAUGUAGAAAGCAACGGAGCUCAGUCCACGCAGGAAGUGUUCAACUCACCAACACCGCAAAUUACCUACUCGGAACAUAGCCACACAGCUAGCGCAAAGAUAUCAAGCAAUUCCACGGUUGAGACCACGGAGCUCGAGUCUGGCUUACAGUCGCCUCCUCAAGAGCUGGCACCGAGCAAUUCGUCCGAAUUGAGCAGUGAUGGCGCACACAAUGCACCAUCCAAGGACCCCUCGGAGCUACUUGAUAUGAAUCCCGACGCAACCACCGAGGGCAGCGAGCUUGUGGACGCAACCAACCCUUCCCACGGGAAAUACAACCCUAAGACGGGCCUGACGGGCCUGGAACGGGCCAAGAUCGAGGAGAGGCAAGUGAGCGCGAGAAAGUCCUUCGAUUUCUCGCAUCUGGAAGAAGAGUUCAGGCCGCGCCAGCGACCCACAGGGCUACCAAGGACUGAACAAACAGAGGAUGGGGUUGACUGGGAGGCGGUCCGGCGCGCAGAUGUGGCUGAAGUGGCGGACGUGAUCAAGGAGCGUGGGCUGAAUUGGAUCCUGGCCGGUAGAAUCAAGGCGUUCCUCGAGCGGCUUCAUCUGGAUUACGGCGCCCUGGACCUGGAAUGGCUGCGCUCCAUGUCCACCGAUCAGACCAAGGAGUUCCUGCUCAGCAUCCGCGGCUUGGGUCUCAAAUCUGUCGAAUGCAUCCGCCUUCUCACGCUUCAUCACCUUGCUUUUCCCGUGGAUACAAAUGUGGGCCGUAUUUGCGUGAGGUUGGGAUGGGUGCCGUUGGAGCCGCUUCCUGAAGAGCUUCAACUCCAUCUUCUGGAAUUGUACCCAGUUCAAGCAACAAUCCAAAAGUACCUGUGGCCUCGUCUGUGCAAGCUGGAUCAUCAGACACUCUACGAGCUUCACUAUCAGAUGAUCUCAUUUGGAAAGGUAUUUUGCACCAAGAGCAAGCCGAAUUGCAAUGCCUGCCCCAUGCGACCCGAGUGCAAGCACUUCGCCAGCGCCGUCUCCAGUGCCAAGCUUGCGCUUCCAGCUCCAGAGAGACCCCACGAUCGCCCUACUCUGGCACUUCCGCCGGGUACCAUCUCUUCUUCGGGCGAGGAUUACCUUCGGCCGCCCCGGACGGUGUCGCAGUACUGCCAGCCCUUUGUGGAGGAGCCCAUGACGCCGGAAUCUGAAGCCAAUGUCGAGGAUUUGGACGACAUCGAGGACUAUCCCUUCUCCGUGGAAGAAGUCGAGGAGGACGCCGUCAUGAAUUUGUGUAUACAAGAAUCGCGCAAAGAAUCAUGCUGCAGCAAGGGACAAGCUUGUCAAAAUCCAUCUACUAAAGAGGAGAAAUCAACCGAUCCGAGUUGUUGCAGUCCUUUGACUGUAAUGUCCGAAUCGAAGCCUGUACAGAAGAUUACAUUAGAAGAACGGGAGAGCCUUUCGGCAAACUCGAACGUCCAUCAACAGCUUGGGAAUGAGACUUGUCCAAAUUCAGGGCAAGAUACAAGUCUGAAACCCGUAAUUGAAGUCGUAGAGAAGGAGACGAAUCUAGAUCAGGAGAGUCCCAGCACAGUGACGGAGCAGUCGAUGAGCGGUGAUGCAAAUCCCAACGGCAGCUCAGGUUCGCAAGAGAUGGUGUUGGUGCCUCUUGAAGCUGCGUCUAUCCCUGUCCCCAAGCUGAAGAAUGUUGGCCGACUUCGAACUGUGCAUUAUGUGUAUGAGCUUCCUGACAAUCAUCCUCUACUAGAUGGGUUGGAUUCCAGAGAACCUGACGACCCUUGUACCUACUUGCUCGCAAUCUGGAGCCCAGGCAAGGUGCCAGAGUCAAUCCCAAACAUCAAUGACAAUGCGAAUGAAGAGAACCCUUUCGCAUCUUCCGGGUCCGAGGGGGACGAGAGCAUCAAGGCAACUCUUCUGGUGCCGUGCAGAACAGCUAUGCAAGGCAGCUUCCCCUUGAACGGAACCUACUUUCAAGUCAAUGAGGUAUUUGCAGACCACGCAAGUAGUCUACAGCCCAUUCUGGUUCCACGGACAUUGCUGUGGAAUCUGCGGCGCCGAUUUGUAUUCUUUGGCACAUCUGUAACAAGCAUUUUUCGAGGCAUGACUGCGGAGGAAAUACAAGCGUGCUUCUGGAGAGGAUACGUCUGUGUGCGAGGAUUUGACCGAACAACGAGGGCCCCAAAGCCAUUGGUAGGAAGGCUUCAUCUCCAAGCUGGCAAGUCUUCUGGUAAAGGAACAAACAUGGAAGCUUAAAGAUCUGACGCACACGUUACCAUGGCAGGAAUUUUUUCGUGAUGGUAGGUACAGUAGAGCAGAAAAUUCAGCUUGGAUCUGUUGCAGCAAUUCCGGAGUCAGAAUUGCUGCUGUACAUGGACACAUAUGUAGUCCAUCAAACGUCCUCCAUUCUUGUGUAGAUAGAGCUGAGCCUUCAGAGCAUUUCUGAAUAAUUGUGUUGAGUUCUAGAUUUAGUGACCCGAUUGGGGAACAUAAAAUGACACCGUGUAAACCCCCAUACUUCGAUGAGGCAAACAUGGGUUUCUGUGUCCAUUCUUCCAUCUUCAAUCCAAGGAACUUGCAAUUUGACAUACCUCA